AUGUCUGGAAGUCCUAUUCGAUUCAAUAAAUCUUUACAAUAUGACUUGAAAACUCCAGUCAAUUAUAUUAGAGAAAAACCACCCGAGUUGACAAAUUUGCAUGAAUCACCCAAGUCAACAAAUUCAGAUGAACCACUCAAAUUAAUAGAUUUAGAUAAACCACCUAAGUCAACAAAUUCGAAUGAACCACCCAAGUCAACAAAUUCAGAUGAAUCACCCAAGUCAAUAAAUUCAGAUGAAUCACCUAAGUCAACAAAUUCAGAUAAACCACCUAAGUCAACAAAUUCAGAUAAACCAUCCAAAUCAAUAAAUUCAGAUGAACCACCCAAGUCAACAAAUUCUGAUGAACAAUAUGAACUACCCGAAACUGAUAUAUAUAUACAAUACCUUCCAAACAGAAUUAAAGAAUUAGAAGUCGUAGUUGAAAUUAAGAGUAAGCUGUGUCCCAAAUGCCUGACAAUUGAUAAUCUUGAAAAAGAAGGAUAUUAUAUUUCACUUACUUUUGAUGAAGCAUCCAAGAAAAGGAAAAAAAAAGAUGAUUCAUGUAAAUUUACUAGUGAUACAAAAGAUCAAACCAUAAUUCAUGAGCUAUCCAUUUGCCCAGCUAGUGAAGUAUCAAUUGAUAUUCCUCCUGAAGAUUCUAACAUGAGAAAAGUUUUGAAUCAAUUCCAUAAAUUAUAUUAUGAGAUUGAUAAUGCAGAAAAAAAUGGGAAUUGA